UCUUUCUCUCUUUCUCUUUCUAUCUCCAUUCUUUCUCCUGUCUCAUUUCUUCCCCAAACCCAUCUCUUAGAACCCUAGCCCCAAACUCACGGCAAGUCGGCAACGAGGACGGCUUCCAGGUUCCGUCCUCAUUAUUAGCAAUCGGGUUAUUUAUGAAGACUUGGAGAAAGUAUUGAGAAGAAAAGGUGGAGGUGCAAUGAGUGCUUCUGAAAUUCCAGGAAAAGUAGACGAAAACAUUCAUUAGGCAAUGCGAAAAAUGAGAUCUGAAGAUGGCUCCCUUGAAUGACACUGUGAUAAAAACUGGGUUUUGACUGAUUGUACACUUAAAGUUUGAGAUGGACGCAUCAAUUAUUGCGAAAGGACGAUACACCUAUAUGCAUGAUGUGAAAAAGGGCCCACCAGAAGUGAUCGAUGUUCACCAUAUCUUGGUUGCAAGAAAUGGUGCAGGGGUUUUCAAGUUCUGUGCAUGUGCUUUUCUUUUCGCCGUCAUAUGCUUUCUAAUUCUCCUACACUUGCAGGGAAAGCCAGUUGCAAAGGUUAUUUGGAGCUUUUCCUUGGCUGUUUUCCUUUUAAGGCAAAUGCUGAGAAAACAAGUGGAGAAAGGAUCUGUUAUAAUUUUGCCAGCUUUUGGGGUUCAACUUGAGACUAUUUACAGAAGUGGGAGAACAGUUCGCCGCUUUGUUCCAAUUGGCAAGAUCUUGAAACCUGUUCUGAAUGAAUGUGUGACUCCAGUUACCUGCUACUGGAGUUUGUCUUUGAUUCUACGUGGAGAGGAAGAACUUUUGCUGGUGUUCAAGGAAUUAUAUCCUCCAGUCUCAAUGUUAGUUCCCAUUUGGAAGGCUUUAUCUGCUGCCAUUGACAACAAAGAACGCCCUGACUUGCAAUCAGAUUGCGACACUAGAUGAUUCACUCCAAAGUGUUGGAAUAGAUUGUGUUAUUUUGUCAAGGUAAUUAGUAUCUCGACUGACUCAACCCCUUUAUUUCUGAUAAAUAGUUCGAGGUCAUCCAGAUUGGAUAUGGUGAAUUUUUUUGAUAGUCAGAAUGAACAUCAUGAUGACUUGGCCUGCUUGGAGGAGGAUCGAAUUUGAAUGCAGGGACUUCCACUGUGGAAUGAAGACUUUCUCAUUGCACGGAAAAGGAUUUAGAAUGCAUGGACUUAUGUGGUGGAAUGAAGGCUUUCUCAAUACGAGAAAAGCUUUGUUAUGCUCUUAUACACAUCCGAUGCCUCCAAGCACUAUUCAAGCGAUUGGUAGCACGAAAUUUUCGAAUCAAUGAAUCCACUUCUAUUGUAUAUAUGAUUGAAUGAGGGAUGCUCUGAAGACUUUCUUGUUACAUUUUCUAAAGACAAACAAAUCUUCCAGAAAGGCAUAGUUGGUGGGAAAGUUUUGAUCUAGUGACAAGAAGUAGAAGUCUCGGAGCUCUGUUCUUUGGUUCGAGUUCGAGUUUGAUUUCCUUUUGAUAUGUUGAUAUUUAUUUUAUUUUAUGUAGUAGUAGAUUUAAAGCCGAAGUGUGGAAAUAAUAUAAGGAAUAUGCUAGCGAAGCUACGUUUUGGUGCUA